AUGUUGUAUCAUCUAGCAUCGCUUAUACUGAAGGGGGAAAAAUUGCCCAAAUGUACAGAUCAUCAGUUCAACUGCAAAGAGGAAGUCCAAGAUGCCCAAUUUGAAGUGCAUACCCAACACUAAGCAAGUUGUGGUUUUGUUUUUGCCUUUGUUUUGAGCAACACUACUUUGGAGUACUUAUUAAGUACUUGUAAGGCUAAUGCUUUACCCCCUUGAGCUCUGAUUUGGAUAUUUCAGAAGCAGGAUCAAAUCAAGUUCCACAACUAGUUAAGCAGGAGAAAUGUGUCGACAACUGUUUCUGUCUCUUCCACUGCACUACCACUCAAAUCAACCUAGAUCCAACCUGCAUUUCAAUUCAAUUGUUGUGCUGCCCACGGCACUUUGGAAACAGGUCUUUGCUGUACGUCUGUACCUAGUUACUCCAAUUAAAACAUCACAAUCACAUGGCUUCGACGCUGGAACGCAGUACGAGUUGAGUCCUGGGCAGCGGCGGGUGGAGCGGGUGCGGCUGACUGAGCAGGAGCGCGAGGCUGUGGGGUGGGGAGCGGCCCGGGGUGCUGGGAGGCCGUAUCCCUGGCGACCGUCCGCCGCUCGGAGUGAGGCGUUGCACUUCGUGCCCGAGUUUUACGCGAGGAGAAAGCAGUUCAACCGGCAGUCUACCCAGGUGAACCUGAGUCCGGCCCGGGUCGCCCUCACUCUCGGGGUCGGGGCAGGCGGGCCAAGCUGCCCGCGACCGGCCCUCGGUGCAGCGGGCGGCCGUGGCAGGCGCGGGAGGAGCUCUGCGGCGAGGCCCGGGCGUCGCUCGCGGUCCUGGUCCAUUGCUCCGCCUUCGGCUCUCCCAUGUCGUCGCCUUCGUCCUGUGCCUACUGUCCUCCAGAACUGCUGGGCACAUUUGCCUCCAAACCCGGGAACAGAGAGUUUCACACCUGCAGUGGAACUCAAGGAGAAAGGGAAGAAAGGCAAAGCAGUUCACUUCACUGAAAUUGAUGGACCGGCUUCAGAAAGGUUGACAGAUAAAAGGCUUGCUUCAAGAGAUGAAAAGUCAGCGAAAGCCUUAGAGAAACAAUGUCAGCAGGGGACUGUCACUCUUGAUGAUGUUAAGUUUGUUGCUUUGCUUUCACUCCAAGAUACUGAAAUGCAGCGGGUAUGUUCCUUCACAACGUUUAUGAGAAAUAAGAAUCUUGACAAUCUCCUCAUGGCAUUGUUGUACUAUCUGUCUUAUUACUUGGAAAAAAACUCACUGGAAAAGAAACCCAAAAGCUACAUGGUAGGCCUGGUAGAGAAGAAAGAAAUGGAGUUGGUUCUGAGCAAGUUAGAAGCAGCACAGAAGUACCUGGCACAGAAGUACUGCAUGCUUGUGCUGGGUGUGGGCAUGCCAGAUAAGCAUCACAUGAACUGUGGAAAGGAAAAAAUAUCAGACACACAGAAAGACUGGAAAUUCUUUGAGUCCUUUUAUACUUUCUGUACACGUGUAGCUUGGAUUGUCUUCCGACGUCAACACUUGACAGAGAUUGAGGAAGAAGUAGGAAGGCUCUUUCAUACCAACAUGUUCAACAUUCCUCGAAGGAAACGUGAAGAUGAAGAAUCAGGAGGGGUGAAGAAGCGCAUGACAUUGGUACAAUUCAGGAGAAUGAUGGCAAAACGCCCAGCAAUUAAAAAAGCUGUGGAUAUGCGCUCCCCAGUCUUGUCCACACUGCUGCCCUCUCUCAGAGAAAAAGCUCAACAUAUUGCUGAAAAAAAGUAUGUGGCAGGCAUCAAACUCCCACCCCAUAUGGAGAACCACAUAGCAAGUCUAGAGUCUGUGGCCAUGCCAAUAGUUGGCAUCUUGGGGGAACCUCGAUAUCUGUUCAACCCUCAUACUCUUCUCCCCCUUGAACUAGAAGAAAAUGGGAAACUGAGAGGGAGAAAUUCUUCCAUAAUGGAGAGAAAUAACAUGAGGAUUCAGGACACGCUGGACUUGGUCGUGAGAACACUGUUUUCCCAAAACUAGUGUGGCUAAAUAAUAUAGUUUGUUCCAGUUCUGUAAACUAGGUCCCUGUGUUUGAAGUAAACUACUUUGACUUAAUACUUUAUAUAGAAUUAAUGUUUCUUCUUGUUAUAAAAUAGCUGUUUAAAUGGUUCAAGUUAUUUUUUGUUCAAGUUUUGUUAAAAAUUUCAGUAAUAGAUUAUUAAAGA